UUAUGAUCCAGUAAACGUGGGUAAAUGAUUCACAGUUUCUGAGAUAUGAGUUGAUGAGUUGAAGUACUCUUAACAUGAUGGAAGGUCAUCACAAAGUUCCUUUGUUUUGGACAUGUUUCACAUUCACUACAUUCGGCUUCACAUGUGGUUUUGUCUCAAUGGUUAUGCCUUACUGGUAUGCCAGAUAUCCUCAGUCUCAAAAUCGUUUUGUAAGACUGGGGCUAUGGGAGGUGUGUUUUGAAGGCUAUAUGGCGAAGAAAACUGGAAAUUAUAUGUAUUUUGGAUGUUUCUAUUUAUUUGAUACGAAAAUUUUGACUCUGUGGCCGAUCAUAUUCAGAGAUUGGUUUAUUGCCUGUCAAACUUUUUUCACAUGCAGCUUUGCAACCCAUGUAUUGGCAGAAUGUGUUAUUCUGACUCAAGUUCUCGGCUUGGUCUCCAUUUUCGGGUCACGUGCAGUCUUGUGUAUAAUGGUGACUCUAUCAGUUAACUGUUUUUCAACUUUAGUUAGUUUGAUCACAAUGGGUGUAGGAGUAGACACUGAACAGAAAAUUGAAAAGGCUGCAAAACAUCCUUGGUUAGAAGAUCUUGAUCAGAACUCAUUGUCUUGGUCAUAUGGUAUUGCUGCAAUAUCCCUAUUACCAAGCUGCCUUACAGUUAUAAUUUUAGGAUGGUUUGUUUACCCUAAAAAAUCUCCAUGUGGGCUAUUAAUUAACUCAGCAUGGAAUUGGCCAACAUUGAAUGAUUUGCAAUGUCGUUAUCAUAUGCAUGAUAUGCAUGUUCCAAAAAUCUGUUCAUCUUCAAAUCCUCAAUCAUCAUGUCAUAAUAUCACUACUAUGUCUACAGAUUAUCCGCAUUCAUUGCGCUCUCGUACACUGAUCCAAUCCAGUCAGAUUACUGGUGACCAGUUGUCCAAUGAAUUGAAUAAUAAAAUACUUUGUAAACCAACAUUAUUUCACAAGUCGGGUGCUCAGAUAGAAACAUUAUCAAUGAUAACUGCACAAGACCAAAAUUCUAUAUUGUCUGAUAAUUGUGGCAAAUUGAGUAGUUAUGAUCCACGUUCAGCGGACACAGUAUCACUUUCAUCCUACGAACAACCUCCAUUGAAUUUGUUAUAUAAUCCACAAACUAUAAACAUGAACCACCAGUUCAAUUCAAUAAUGUAUUCAAAAGAGAAUAAUUUUGUAGAAAAUGACUAUUGUUCUUCUAUUGAUUGCAAAACAAAAUUAAUUCAAUCUAAUUUAUUGUCUACAUUUCACAAAUUCUCUGCGCCUUUUUUGAAAGAAUCUACAAAUGAACGAAAACAACCACAAUGUAUUACAAAUUCUGAUUCUCAUUUAAAAUCGAUUUAUUCAAAUAAAUCAUCGAACCUCCGACAGCCUUCAUCUAGUAAUCCAGAUACUUCAAUAUGGACAGAAAAUUCCAUUAUUCAAACUGCUCGUCCGAUGAAAAGAACUAAGCAAAAAAUGAAAACAAAUCAGUUUAUGAAGAAGCUUAUCCCAUCUGAAAAUUUAUUUAAAUUUUCAUCAUCAUUUCCCAACACUGUUCAUAAAUUUUUCAGUAAAACAAAACAAACAAACAAAAAAAGAAAUGAAAAUUGAAUGUUACCAAAAAAAAACGUAAAAAUUAUUUCUUCUCCAUUGAGGGGGUGGAUAUUAAUUUAUUUGAAAAUAUGACUAGUUUAAUUGUUUCUAUUCGCUAAUGAUGAUCAAUUUGUUUGUUUAAAAUAUAACUAUUAUUAUGUUUACUAAACAUUGGUAAGACUAACUCAUUUAAAAUUAGUACAAAGAUUUGUGGAAAUUUAUAUCUUACUACACGGAUUAAUUCUCAUCAUUGAGCGAUCAGGAUUGGAUCCAAGAGAUUCAGGACUUACUGUGACUGCUUGUUUUCAUAUAUUAAAUUUAUUUGAGAUAUACUUUGUUUUCUUCCAGAAAAUUGAAAAUCAAUCAAAUACACCUGUUCAAAAAGCUAAACCAAUGAAUCGAAAGUAAUAAUGAAAAAGGUAAACAAGGAAAGAAAACAACAACAACAACCUAUCAUCACAGUAUUGCAUUUAUUUUGAGUAUUUUUUUCUUCCCUAGAAUUGUGCCCAAACCACAAAAAAUUCCAUUGUUAAAUAUGUCUCUCGGUAUACCUAGUCACCUUUUUUCUAAUACAAUCUUCCCCUUCAAAUUAUAUUCUCCCCCUUCCUUUUUUCUCUAACAAAUGUUUGAAGUAUCUUAUUGUAAAUUGUGCUUUUUUACCUACGUGAUUUUUUUGUUUCAAGAAAAUUAAUUCCAAGGUGUUCAUUUAACUUCUUUUUUAGUUUUUUUUGUGUAAACUAUUUUUGAUUACCCCCCCCCCGUGCUAUUUUUUAUUUGUUUUGGGAUUCUUUACAUUACCGCUGAUAUUAAACAUGUUUAGAAUUAUCUAUAAAUAAAAUGAAAUAAUGCAUACCGAUAACUCAGGACUUAAAUAUACAACAAACCAAAAAUCUAUUCCAGUUUUGAUUUAAGAUGGAUAUUAUCAGUCAGGACUCAGUAGCUGAAUGGAUAAUGCGAUGGCGUUUGAAAUGAAUGAUACUGGGUUCGAGUUCCAGAGUGGACAUCAACUCUGGGAUGCAGGUACAUCCAGCUGAAGA